AUGAACUCCGACAAACCACAGCACAUCUACCAAUUAGACUCGUUCAGACUGAUAGUGCUGAGGGUGCUGGAGUUGUUUGUGCACAAGUCGCUCGACGAGACGAUCUCGCUGACGAAGAUGGCACAGGUGAUAAACACCAACCCGAUGUUGUUGUUCUGUAGGGAGCAGAUGAAGCUUACCGAGCCCCAGGUUGACUGUAAGAAAGUUGUGACGAUACGGGAUGUGAUACUGUCUAUAACAAAGAUCUUCAGCUCUUCUCAGAUACACAUCAUGGAGAACAACGACUAUUUCCGGCUGAAAUUGACCAGGGAGCAGUUCCAAGAUUUGAUCAGCCGGGUGUACGACGCGUACAAGGAGACUGUGCUGGAGAAGGUCAAGCUGGAGGAAGUUGCGUAUAAGAAGCUUAUGGAGGAGAUUGGGAAGAUUGAACGAGGUGAGAUGGACACGUUGCUGAUUGACGAGAUCGGCAAGAAGGAGGCACCUGUGGUGAAACCACUUACACCCGACGUGGAUAGUAAUGUAACAGGGGAACCGACUGGACAUAGUUCUACGACACCACUGGUGGAACAGGACUCGAGCACAACCACGAGGAAGAGAGCACAAGACGAUGAGGCAGAGAAAGAGGCAGAGAAAGAGGCAGAGCAAGAGGCAGAGAAAGAGGCUCCACGUGCAGUGCCGAACAAGAGACUACAACACAUUGCUACUCCUCUCAUCGAGAGCAUCUCGUCAUACAAGUACGCCUCAGCGUUUCUACACCCUGUUAACGAGUCCAGUGCACCCAACUAUUACUCUCUAAUCAAGAAACCAAGGGAUCUGAAGACCAUCAAACAGAUGGUCAAGGACGGACGUAUACAGACCAAUCUUGAGCUGGAGAGGGAGAUCUUGCUGAUGUUUGCCAAUGCCAUCAUGUACAACAAGACCGGGACGGAUAUCUAUGAGUGGACCAAGGAGAUGCAGCCGGAAGUUGACAAGCUCAUCGAGCUGUUUAACGAGAGUAAAUAG